AUGGUAUUAGAAAAACAGAGGUUAAAUCCUUUUAAAAUCUUUCGGUUAGGAUUCAUUAUUUUGUUUUUUUUCUCUGGGUGUUUGAGUAUCGUCAUUACCCAGAUUAUUGUUAAGAUAUUGUUUUGUUUCAACCCCCUCCAACAACAAAGAUUGUUGAACUUUACAAAGAGGAACUUCAUAAUUCUACUCACAUUUGUCACCAGUCUGGUGUCUCCUACAAAGAUCAUUAUUACUCAUGAUGAAUCAAUUCCUAAUGGCACCUUUACACACCACAGGACCUUUACAGGGAAUGAUAUAGUACGAGCAGCUCUAUCUCCGCAGGCAAUUGUAGUGGCAAAUCAUCAGAUUUACACUGAUUGGCUCUUCAUGUGGUGGUUUGCUUUCAUUAGUGAUGUUUCUGACAAUGUUUAUAUCAUUAUGAAAAAGUCAUUGAGUAAAAUUCCUGUUCUUGGCUAUGGAAUGACCAACUACAGGUUCAUCUUCCUCAGUAGAAAAUGGGAGGAUGAUAAAUCAAUAAUGAUUAGGCAACUGAAAGAAAUCACAUAUUUCUAUGGUAACAAAUCUGCUAAAGCAUUUGAUGACCUCAAGAAACAUUGGCUGAUAAUUUUUCCAGAAGGAACAAAUAUGUCUGACAAUAGAAGAAAAAUAUCAAAUGAAUACAUACAGAAGAAUGGCCUUGAACCUUUGAAUCAUGUCCUUUCUCCUAGAGCCAAAGGCCUCUAUGUAUCUGUGGAGAAAUUGAGCCCUACAACGAAGUAUAUUUACGAUCUAACGAUUGCAUACAGUGGCCAUACACCGGAUGAGUAUGCACAAGAUAUUUAUACACUGUCACAGAUAUUCAUACAUGGAAAAGGGCCUCAUUCCGUAAAUAUCCAUAUUCGUGCCCUGGAUCUCCACCAAAUUGGAGGUGUAAAUUUUGAUCCUGAAAUUGUGAAUAGCUCAAACGAAAUACAGGAAUCAAACUUGGUGCCAUUUCAGAACUGGCUUUAUAAAGUUUGGUGUGAAAAGGAUGCUCUAUUGGAUCAGUUUUUCAGUACCAAAUCAUUUGGGGCUCAAUAUGAGUCUAUAGAAACGGAGCUUAAACUUUUUUCUAAAUGGGAACUUCUCAGUAUUUUCACCCCCACUUGGUUAUUACUACUUGGUUUCUAUUUUGUCGUAAAACUUCUUAUUAUGGUCUUUUGA